CCGAAUUGCCCUUUCUCCCUCAACCCCCCGCGGCCUAUUUCCCCUCAUUUCGGUCCAUACUGCAUGAUCGGCCCCGGUUCGUUUCAUCUCGCGGGACCAUGUCCGUCAAUGACCGUCGCGCCAGCCACAUGAACGCUCCACGACCCCGCGUUGCGUCCAAUCGCGUCGGCGAUGCUGAACGACACGCCCUGCGCACCGGCGCCUCCCCCUCGCAGUCGGAAAAUCCAGACCACCGGGGUAGCACGUCUAGCCAAAGGAACAAGGUGCCUCGCGAGCUGCAGAAGCCAAACAGCGAGAAGCGCGCCGAACGCAUGACGAUCCACUCGAAAGAAAGGUCGCAGACUCGAACUAGAAAUCCGGUCAAGGAGUCUUCCGGCGCUGGAAACAGAGGGGAAUGGGAGAGAUCAAGGUCAAAAAGGGGUAUGCAGGUGGAAAAUGCAUCACCGCAAGCUCGAAACCCGGAGAAGGAACCGGAGGAAGUACCCUGGAACCCUCAUGCCUCCUUGAUGCCUCAUUCCACCGCGCCUUUGGCGACACGAGUAUCGGUUGCCCCCUUGGCCUCCACGCUGCCUCAGUCACUCAAGCCCACCCCCCUCCGAGAACUUUCCGUUGAUGCGCAAGAGAAAGCGUUGCUGGACGAUUUGUUGUUCGUGUUUAUGGGGUUUGAAGGCCAGUACAUUCACUAUCCUAGUAACUACGACCCUGCGGUCGAAAAAGACCGGUUGACUGGGUCCGAAUUUCAGCUACCUUCGGGAUUAGAUCCUACCCUGAGAGACCUCACCUUGUCGAUGUUGAAGAUGGCGACGCAUUACAGCGCACUAGAAGCAUUUGUGGAGGUCCAAAGUCGUGCGGAAUUCGGGGCAGUCAGCCAUGCUUUGUGUGCUGCCAUCCGCAAAAUCCUAAAGGACUACCUGAUUCUCAUUGCUCAGCUUGAAAGCGAGCUUCUUAACAAUCCCAGCUUCACUCUGCAGCUGCUUCGCCUACAUACCAUGCCAACGAGCCAAUGUCUCGCUCAACUAUAUUCCCUGGGCCAGGAAUUGCUCCGUCGAAAUGGGCUCUUGGAUCAAGACCUUGACGAGUCGAUCGAUGACUUUGACGACGUGGAUAACAUUCUCGAGCAGCUCAAAGAAGGCGGUGAUCUGAUUCCCGGCGCCAUGUCCAGCAAGAAAAUAUGCAAGGGUGGCAAUGUCCUACGGCUCCUUACGGAGCGAUUGGCCACGUACUCCGGGGAUCCGACAUCCAAGGCCCUUUUAGAGCGGCUGCUUCGUGAUGCGAGCCGACCAUAUAUGAAGAUGCUCAACGAGUGGUUACAUCAUGGCGGUAUUAAAGACCCUCACGCCGAGUUCCUUGUCAAGGAGCAGAAGUGGAUCAAGCGGGAGAAGCUCGAAGAGGAUUAUACGGACGAAUACUGGGAGAAGCGCUACACGAUCCGCGACAAUGAGGUCCCGCCUCAACUGGACAUUGUGCGCGACAAGGUCCUCCUGGCUGGAAAAUACCUGAAUGUCGUCCGAGAAUGCGGUGGCGUCGAUGUGAGCAAAGAGGUUAAGGAUGUGCCCAACACCCUCGAUGAUCCUCGAUUUCUGGACAACGUGAACGCCGCCUAUACCUAUGCCAACGCAUCGUUAUUAAACCUCCUACUCACCAAAAAUUCUCUCACUACUCGCUUCCGUUCUCUCAAACACUACUUUUUCCUCGACCGCUCCGACUUCUUUUCCUUCUUCCUCGAGAUUAGCGGACCCGAACUGCGCAAACCCGCCCAUGUGGUCAACGAGUCCAAGCUGCAAUCACUUCUCGACCUGGUGCUUCGGCAACCAGGCAGCAUCGCGGCCCAGGAUCCAUUCAAGGAGGAUGUGAAGGUCCAGAUGAAUAAAAUCGGCCUUACGAAAUGGCUGAUGCAGGUGGUGAGCGUCUCUGGGAUCGAUCAAGACAACCCUGAGGCAGGGAUGCAGGUGCCCCAAUCGCAUGUCGAGGAUGAUAAAAACAUCAUCGGGUUCGAGGCCCUGGAAUUGGACUAUUCAGUCCCCUUCCCCCUUUCCCUUGUCAUCAGUCGCAAGACUGUGCUCCGAUACCAGCUCAUCUUCCGACACCUUCUAUCUCUCCGCCACCAUGAGAACCUCCUUGUUGGUUGCUGGCUCGACCAGAGCAAGGCUACCAGCUGGCGACAUAGAUCCACGGACCGGCGACUGGAAGUGUGGAAGCGCCGGGCGUGGAGCCUGCGCUCGAAGAUGCUCAUCUUUGUCCAGCAACUGCUGUACUUUUGCACCGCGGAGGUGAUCGAGCCCAACUGGCAGAACCUGAUGGACCGAGUGAACGGCGCCGAUGCGCAGGGAUCCGAAGUGACCGUGAACGGUACCAAGCAGGCUAACCGGACCGUGGAUGAACUGAUGCAGGACCACGUAGAUUUCUUAGAUACCUGUCUCAAGGAAUGCAUGCUAACACAGGCGAAGUUGUUGAAGAUCCAUUCCAAAAUCCUGAUGUGCUGCAACAUGUACGCCAGCUGGGCUGCGUCGGCCGUCGGGCGAGGCUUAUAUUUGGCUGAUCCCGAUCUAGCCGGUAAGGUUCCCAGCUCUGAUCCGAGAGGGUAUGAUCCAACGCGUAUAGCCAAACUUGAGGAGAGUCUCAAGCGAUACGAGGAUCAUUUCACCCGACAUCUGCGGAUCUUGAUGGACAGUCUCAACUACUACGCCGCGACAGAAAGCGUUGUCCUGCUCAAGCUCGCACACGUCUUGAACUCGAUCACUAAAGAAGAUGGCCCUGUCUGAAUGGCCCCAGCGUGUCGAAACGUUCACGAUGUCAUCCCAAAUUCAUUAUCAAGUUCCGAUCCCAUCCAGCGAUAGGAAAUCGGUUCUCAGAUAUCAUUCCAACCCUCCCUCGGAAACGAUCAGUCCAUCCGCUCCUUGCGGUUCGGACGACCCGGAUCCUCUUCUUCCUUCCUUCCUUCCACACUUUCAAUCCUCGGAGUCUCAGGCAGCGGACGGAGCAUGGCAGGCAGGUUCUUGUAUUUCUUCAUUCACUUCAUUAUAGCAUGGCAUUAUCAUAAAACCCCGGGAGGUCGAUUGAUUGAUUGAUUGCUUUACAUGCUUUGUUAUACGAUAGGUAUCCGGUAUAGGCAUAGGUAUAGGCAUAGGUAUAGGUAUAAGGGAUAGGUUCAUACCCUGGCGUGGCAUAUGGAAUGGAAAUGGAACGGAGUAUUCUCAUG